AUGAUUGUUAUCGACGAUGGACCUGAUUUGCAUCCUCCUGAAAUCAUGGACGAAAUCGGUCAUUUUCCGAACAUGACAUACAUCAUAGGUGAUAGAGAGGACCUGGGUAUCAGUGAGGGCCGGAACAUAGGGGUGAGAAUGGUCAAAACUAAAUAUUUCAUAAAUUUAGAUGAUGACUAUGUUGUGUCUGAGCACACGGACAUGCCCAAGAUGUUAGAAAUGUUGGAUACAACGGACCUUUCCCUGGUUGGAGGAAAAUGUAAAAGGAAUUUCGCUGGAUUCAUGGAAUUUCGCAAUGAUAAGGAAACUGGCAAAUCAGCCCUGAUGUACUAUCCUGGUUCUUGUACGGUUAAGAGCGAGGAGUUGUCAUCCUAUCCCGGUUGUUACCGAUGUGAUCUAACAGCUAACGGCUUCAUGGCAAGAACACGGGACAUUUUAGAUGUGGGCGGCUGGAGCAAAGAGGUAAAGAUAGGAGAACACAAGGAUAUUUUCUUGAGGCUUAAAGCUGCAAGAAAAAAAGUCGUGUUUUGUGAAAACUGUAUAAUUCAAAACGUGCACUCGGACAAGGGAGUUGAGCUAAAUGAUGAAAUUGAAAAUUCGUUCAACAAAAAAGCUUACAGAAAGCUGCGAUACAGGAGAAAACAGCAAAUGGGUCAUAUAUUUCUCAACCAUUGGAAUGUUGAUAAGUUAAUUGAAAUAGAAAACAAAACAAAUCCUCGUACAUGGGAUUGA